AUGGCGGCCGUACGGGGCCUGCGAGUGUCGGUGAAAGCAGAGGCCCCAGCGGGGCCGGCCCUGGGCCUCCCGUCGCCUGAGACGGACUCUAGUUUGGAGCGUGGCGAGCCGGAGCCCAUGGAGGUGGAGGAAGGCGAGCUGGAGAUUGUGCCGGUGCGGCGCUCACUGAAAGAACUGAUCCCGGACACAAGCAGAAGAUACGAAAACAAGGCUGGCAGCUUCAUCACUGGAAUUGAUGUCACCUCCAAGGAAGCAAUUGAAAAGAAAGAACAGCGAGCCAAGCGCUUCCAUUUUCGAUCAGAAGUAAAUCUUGCCCAAAGAAAUGUAGCCUUGGACCGAGACAUGAUGAAGAAAGCAAUCCCCAAAGUGAGAUUGGAGACAAUCUACAUUUGCGGAGUAGAUGAGAUGAGUACCCAGGAUAUCUUUUCCUAUUUUAAAGAAUAUCCUCCAGCUCACAUUGAAUGGUUGGAUGAUACCUCCUGUAAUGUUGUCUGGCUGGAUGAAAUGACAGCCACACGAGCCCUUAUCAAUAUGAGCUCUUUGCCAGCCCUGGAUAAGAUAAGAAGCAGGGAUGCCAAUGAGGACAGGUCAUCUGAGAAAAGUAAAAAAGACAAGCAGGAAGACAGUUCGGAUGAUGAUGAGGCCGAAGAAGGAGAAGUUGAAGAUGAGAACUCCAGUGAUAUAGAGUUGGACACAUUGUCUCAAGUAGAAGAAGAGUCUCUGCUAAGAAACGAUCUUCGUCCAGCUAACAAACUUGCUAAAGGAAAUAGGUUAUUCAUGAGAUUUGCUACAAAAGAUGACAAAAAGGAACUUGGAGCAGCCAGAAGAAGUCAGUAUUACAUGAAAUACGGGAAUCCAAAUUACGGAGGCAUGAAAGGAAUUCUUAGUAAUUCUUGGAAGCGAAGGUAUCAUUCCCGUCGCAUUCAGCGGGAUGUGAUCAAGAAGAGAGCCCUGAUUGGGGAUGAUGUUGGCUUGACGUCCUAUAAACACCGACAUUCCGGACUAGUAAAUGUUCCGGAGGAACCCAUUGAAGAGGAGGAAGAGGAGGAGGAGGAGGAGGAGGAAGACCAGGACAUGGAUGCAGAUGACAGAGUGGUGGUAGAGUACCACGAGGAGCUCCCAGCUCUCAAGCAGACCCGGGAGCGGAGCACAUCUAGGCAGUCCAGUGCCAGCAGUUCAGACUCCGAUGAAAUGGACUAUGAUCUAGAACUGAAAAUGAUUUCCACUCCUUCACCAAAGAAAAGCAUGAAAAUGACCAUGUACGCUGAUGAAGUGGAAUCUCAGUUGAAAAACAUUAGGAACUCCAUGAGGGCAGAUACUGUAUCCACAAGCAAUAUCAAAAACCGAAUCGGUAACAAGUUACCGACUGAGAAAUUUGUAGAUGUCCGACAUCUGUUAGAUGAAAAACGUCAGCACACACGUCCACGGCCACCAGGCAGCAAUACUAAAUCAGAUAUACGCCAGCGGUUAGGAAAAAGACCAUAUUCUCCAGAAAAGGCUUUUAGUAGUAACCCAGUCUUUCGGAGAGAGCCUUUUUCUGAUGUACAUAGUAGACUGGGUGUUCCCAGGCAAGAUGUUAAAGGCCUCUACUCUGAUACUCGGGAGAAGAAAUCAGGUAGUUUAUGGACUCGCUUAGGAUCUGCACCCAAGACCAAAGAAAAGAACACGAAGAAGGUGGAUCACAGAACACCGGGCACUGAGGAAGACGACUCUGAGCUGCAAAGGGCAUGGGGGGCUCUGAUAAAGGAGAAAGAACAGUCUCGCCAAAAGAAGAGCCGGUUAGAUAACUUACCAUCUCUCCAGAUUGAAGUUAGUCGGGAAAGCAGCUCUGGUUCAGAGGCAGAGUCCUGA